GUUUGCUAAAGCUGAAAACUCAAAGCAAAACAUACCAUGAGGCUGGCCUUCCCUGUCCUGCUGGUCACUCUGGCCUUUUUCUGCUAUGAGGCCAAUGCAGGAGUCUGUCCAGCCGUUCUUGGGGAAUUGGGAAACCUCAUAAUUGGCCCAAAGUUCAUUUUCGAGAUCAGUCUUCAGCAAUUUAAUCCACCUCCAGAAGCUCUUCAAGACGCGCUGGAAGCGAAGGAAUGCAUAGAUGGUUUCUCCAUUCAGGAAAAACUCCGACUAAUGAGUAUAUUGACUAAAAUGACAUUGUCAUGUUAACUACUAGAUUGAAGAAAAUCUUACACACAAGGCCCACUGACAUUCCAUAGUGACCUGAUCUUCCCCGGAAAAUGUAAAGGUUUCAACAUCUUGC